AUGGUCAAUGGUCAUUGUUAUAGGUCAAAUCGCGACUCCUGCCCCGCAUAUAUGUACCUCUACUGCCAACACGCCCAGAUCCCAGCGCUGCACACGAAUGACGAGCAACAACUCGCGCUCAACGCCUUCAAAUGCAACAUCUCAUCUUCGAUGCAAUUCCUACUCUCGCGCGAUUGUCUUUUUUGGUCGUACCGUAUUUCGACUAUUUCCAGCAUUGUACCCGUUUCGGAGGCUGCUUUCUGCGACAAUGCUCUCGCAGUCGCGUUGGCCAUUAUCAAGUCGUCGUGGGAAGGACCUUCAUCGAUGCGCCAACAACACGAAUUCCCGGUAACCGCAUUUGCGGAUGUGGAGCCACUUGAUCGUCACGGGAAAUUUACUUUCUUCGUGAAUCUUGGACAACAAGACACUCGUCGACUGCGUUCCACCCUUCCAUCCCCUGCAAACCUGGGCCCUGUUUGCUGUUAUGCUGUGCAUUUGGAGCCUUCUUGGCCGCAGAAUUCGUGGCUGCAGGACCGAGCUUAA